AUGAUUUCCAUAAAUAGUGCUCUAUUAGCUUUGGACAAAAAGUUACAAGAGGAUAAUAAACUGAAUGAAUAUCUUAAAAAGGCCGAAGAGAUCUCAGGAAUAGAGAGGCGCAAAUUGGUCUUAGGAAUAUGUUUCACACUUGGUUUCUUAGUCAUUAUUGGAUAUGGUGCUCAACUGAUAUGCAACGGAGUUGGAUUUGCAUAUCCUGCUUAUGCUUCCAUACUGGCCAUCGAGAGUAGAAACAAGGAAGAUGACACCGUUUGGUUAACUUACUGGGUGGUCUUCGCCGCAUUGUCUCUAGUGGAAUUUUUCUCCGACUUCAUUCUGGCAUUGAUUCCCUUCUACUGGCUACUAAAAUGUAUUUUCCUCAUUUGGUGUUUCAUUCCUUUUCGAAUUAAUGGUUCGAGGUUUAUUUAUUACAGAUUGAUCAGGCCUGUGUUCUUAUCUCACCUAGCACAGAGUGAAACGGAAGAUAACUCUCCCGGUGAGCACGAGAAGUCCUCUUAA